GUAAGGCAAGGAAAGGCGUAUGUAUAUGUUGCUGGAAAGCCUCUAGCAAAGACAGGCGUCGAGUAUCAUCAGUGCUGCCGGUGUGAAAAAUGAGGAUAAUAAGCCUCUCAAUUAAGGGAAUAUAUUAGCAGGCAUGAACGAGACUGUUGAAGCAUUUGUUGUCCUCAUGCAUGCUUCGGUAUCUGGGCGAAUUCUGCCAGAACACUUCAACUUCACGUUUGGCAAGGUCCCAAACUUCAUUUGUGUCAAUUCGGCAAACAGAGAAUUUGAGACAUGUUUGUGGCUGGUAGAAAUGUUCAGUCACUCGGGUGACUGGAUAUUGGAUGUUAAUUUGCCCGAAGCUGGCGGUGUUGCAGCAGUCACGAUCAAACGCAAUUGCCUCAUUCUGGUAAAAACAGAAGAGGAGGAACGAGAGGCCAGGCGAAAGUUGAAAGAACUUUAGAACCUAUAAAUCUAUAUAUAUAUAUAUAUAUUAUAUAUCUUCAUUGUGUGCUGGGUAUUCCCGGCUCUACGUGCGAAAACAUGCAAUAACGAAAAUUUAAUUAAGACAACUUACUUUUUAAAUUGUCAGAAUGUUCCUUUGCAAUUUACAAAAUAUACUUCUAAAUUGGUUUCACUUGACCAUUGCCCAUUCGACUUGCGUAGAGAAUAUAACCCGAAUAAUUGUAGAUACAAUGCACUGCGUAACUCGGACACCCCUAUAUGUCUCUCGCAUUGAGAUAUAAGGGUUUCCGAAAUUCGGACACCCCAAUAUGUCUCUCACAUUGA